AUGGUGACCACCUGGCUCGUCCUGCUGAGUCUUUUGCAGGCGCCGGGCUUCCUCGGGCUGGCGGCUGCCGAGCUGCCCUCGCCGGCUCCCGCCUGUGUCCGGGAAGGGCAGGCGUGCGACCCGCGCUGGCGCAGAGAUGCCGGCGGGCGCGGCGGCGUUUACGAGCAUCUCGGCGGAGCGCCCCGGCGCAGGAAGCUCUACUGCGCCACUAAGUACCACCUUCAGAUCCACGCCAGCGGCAAAAUCAACGGCACCUUGGAGAAGAACAGCGUUUUCAGUAUUCUGGAAAUAACUGCAGUGGACAUUGGGAUUGUUGCUAUCAAAGGCUGUUUUUCAGGCAGAUACCUGGCCAUGAACAAAAGAGGCCGACUUUAUGCUUCAGAAACCUACAAUGCAGAAUGUGAGUUUGUGGAAAGGAUUCAUGAGUUGGGCUAUAAUACCUAUGCAUCCCGCUUGUAUCGAACUGUGCCCAAUGGCGCUGGCAGCAAACGCAAAGCCAGCGCAGAGAGACUCUGGUAUGUCUCCAUCAAUGGGAAAGGACGACCCAGGAGGAGCUUCAAAACCCGUAGGACCCAGAAAUCGUCUCUCUUUUUGCCUAGGGUGUUGGAUAACAAAGACCAUGACAUGGUCCGACUAUUCCAUACAAAUGCUAAGUACAGAGAAAGCCUAUUGAAGCCAAUAAAUAAGAACCAGAGAAGAAGGAGAGGACACUAGUAAGCAUUCUGCAAGUGGGGAAAAUAUGAUGGAUCCAAAGAUGAAAAAAGCUACUAUUCCAUGGAUAUUGUUGGCUAAACCAUGUUGACUCAGUAACAAAUGAUUCCAUGUACACACACACACGCUAAUAGAUGAUUUAGAUGUGUAUCCAAUUGCUAAGGAUAAUAAAUUAAAGCAUGCUUGCAUGUA